AUGUCCAAGAGCAAAGUCGUGGUGACACGGAACUUGGUGGCGGAUGCGAAAUAUCUGCUUGACGCACGAGUUGAUCGACUUGAUAUUGUGCAGUGGCAAUCUGACAUGCGAUCAUGGCUCCUCGAGAAUGUAGCAGGAGCAGCCGGACUUCUCGUGAUGGUUUCUGGUACAAUUAAUGAAGAGCUACUCGAAGCAGCUGGCGCCCAACUCAAGGCAGUGGCAACGUUCACUGCUGCACAGAUCACGGACUGCCUUUCCGAUGCAGUAGCAGAUCUCGCAGUCAUGCUUGCUCUGAUGGCACAGCGAAGAGUAGGCAAAUCAAUGGUCAGCCCUCAGAUCCGUGGAGCUACAAUGGGAUUUCUAGACUUUGGUCGGAUCCCGCAGGCUGUAUUGAAGAGACUGAUUGCCUUCGGCAUCAAGAGAGCGAUCUACGUCACUUCGCAGCCGGGAAAGCCCGUGCGAGAAGACUAUUACGAUCUCUGUGGGAGCGGCACGCCGGUUGAUGUUGCAUGCGAUCUAGAUCAAAUGGCAAACGAGAGCGGUCUCGUCAUCGUAGGAUGUGCCUUGACACCAGAAACGAAGCAUGUCAUCAGUACGCACUUUUUCAGCAAGAUGAAGACGACGGCGGUCAUUGUCAACAUUGCACGGGGUCCAAUCAUCGACACAAACGCGUUAGUGGAAGCGCUUAAUCAGCACCCAAUCUUUGGCGCAGGACUUGAUGUGAUCAAAGACGAGCCGAGUGUUGCAGCUGAUCAUCCCAUCCUCAAGCAGCCGCGUUGCGUGGUGCUGCCACGCAUCGGCUCUGCAACAUUUCAAGCACGAGAGCAGAUGGCGAUUCAAUCGGUGCAAAACCUUCUCGCUGGAUUGACAGGAGAAGACAUGGUCAACGAAUGGAACAUGUAG